CGAGAGGGCGGAGGGCAGGGGUCACGGCGGCGCGCAGGCGGCCUGGGCCCCAUGGCGGCGGCGGCGGCGGCCUCCUGAUCCCGGCCCUGGGCGGCGCGAGCGGCGGCUCCGAACAUGCACAGCCUGGCCACGGCCGCGCCUGUGCCGACAGCACUGGCUCAGGUGGAUAGAGAGAAGAUCUAUCAGUGGAUUAAUGAACUAUCCAGCCCCGAGACCCGUGAGAAUGCCUUGCUGGAGCUGAGUAAGAAGCGUGAAUCAGUCCCGGACCUGGCCCCAAUGCUAUGGCACUCAUUUGGCACAAUCGCAGCUCUUCUGCAGGAAAUUGUAAAUAUUUAUCCAUCAAUCAACCCUCCAACCCUGACAGCCCAUCAAUCUAACCGAGUUUGCAAUGCUUUGGCGCUCCUGCAGUGCGUUGCGUCGCAUCCAGAAACCAGGUCAGCCUUCCUUGCAGCUCACAUCCCUCUCUUCUUGUAUCCCUUCUUGCACACAGUUAGCAAGACUCGUCCAUUUGAAUACCUGCGGCUUACCAGCCUUGGAGUGAUUGGGGCCCUGGUGAAGACGGAUGAGCAAGAAGUGAUAAACUUUUUGUUGACAACAGAAAUUAUCCCCCUCUGCUUGCGCAUCAUGGAGUCUGGCAGCGAACUUUCCAAAACGGUUGCUACAUUUAUUCUACAGAAGAUCCUCCUGGAUGAUACAGGAUUGGCGUAUAUCUGCCAGACUUAUGAGCGGUUUUCUCAUGUCGCCAUGAUAUUGGGUAAGAUGGUCCUACAGCUCUCCAAGGAGCCGUCCGCAAGGCUGUUGAAACACGUGGUCCGCUGCUACCUUCGCCUUUCCGAUAACCCAAGGGCACGAGAGGCUCUCAGACAGUGCCUUCCUGACCAGCUGAAGGACACCACCUUCGCCCAGGUGCUGAAGGACGACACUACCACCAAGCGCUGGCUGGCGCAGCUCGUCAAGAACCUGCAGGAGGGUCAGGUCACCGACCCCAGGGGCAUCCCGCUGCCCCCGCAGUGACACCCGCGGAGGGUGGGGCACCAGGGAGGAAACAGCUCAGGUUUACAGAGACCCAAGAACCGAUGACCUCUUCCAGAACCGCCUGUGUGCGCAGGGCGGCCUCCGGACUGCCCGCCUCCCAGCCGCGGGGGGAUUGUGACACCAGCACAUACUGUUACUGCAGCUUAAAAGCCAAGCACCGCCUCUUCCCAGCUCGCCUGGCACCUGCCUGGGGCCAGGCCGGAUGUGGACUCUUCCCCGUAGCGCAGUCUCCGUGCUGGCAGUGCGUGGGGCACGGGCUGCCUCCCUCGCAUUCCUUGUCACGCUCACCGUUUACAAGUCUGUUAGACGAGCGAGCUCAAUAAAAGUUGACCCAGUUGUUUUAUCCCCUCCUCAGAGCGCGAACCGGCUGCGUCUCGCCCAUGGGGCGGCUCUCUCUCCGUCCGACGUGGAGCAGCGUCUUUCUGGCGGAGUGUCUGGUUGCUGCAAGUGCCUGCCCUGGCUGUGGUUUCCGUUCGCGACUGGCGAUGGCUGGAGCGAGGCCCAUCUGCGCUCCACGUGCUGGGGGAGCGAGGGAAGGGAGAGAACUUGCAAUUAACCCAGGUGUGAAAGGCUUUGACUUCCUGGGUUCUGGGCCCUUCCUUCGGGGUGGAGGUGACAGCAGGGUAGUGUUUCUGGGCUAUAAAUUGCGCAUUUCAGCUGCUCCGGCUGCUGGGUGACUGCUGUAUUCAAAGCACCGUGAACUGGCUGUCCGGCAUCCCCUGGACUGAAGUAGAGCACCUCCUCCUAGUGCUGCCCUCAGCCGGCAGGACGGAGCUGGGUUCGAAAGCCCGCUUUGCUGGCCAGGCUUAGAGGCAGCAGCUCGUGCAUGUGUGAGCUCAGCCGCUUUGCUGUCCAAAGCCCGUUGAAUGAGGGGAUCCUGCCUCUGGGCGGCAGGGGGACCGGCAGGAGUGACUUCAGGCAGGUGCCAAGGGCUCCAGGGACAUCAGCUAUUCUGGGGUGCCAGGCCUCAAGGCUGCCUCUAUACACAAGGGCUCUGGCUCUCCUGUCUGUCCGUCCUCCUUCUCCCCUGGCCCAGGUUGGCAUCUGCCUCAGCCCAGCAGCUGUUAAGACAUCUGGAAAGGCAGGCGCGCCCCUGCCUGCGUAGAGAGGGACAGGCUAGCUUUUCAAGCCGAACAGAGCGGGGAGGCUGGGCAGCAGAGAAGGCAGGUUGGCUGUAACUUGUCCAGCAAGGCUAGAAGCCGGGAUCCCCUGGCGACUGCCAUGCCCUUGCCCUGCAGUGAGAGCUGGGCUUGGCCGCGGCACUGAGCAGCCAAAUCUUGCGCUUCCUUGGGGAGAAGCUUUGUCCCUUUUUGCUGAUCAUCGGCCAUGUUGUUGUGCCAACAGUGUCUUAACCCCCUCCAGGUCUCUCCUCCCCCAGCCCGCAGCCAGCCCUGCGGAACGGGGACAGAGCGCCAGGCUCCCUCCCUUACCCCGGGCUCUGGUUUUAUAACAGAUAGUCUCAUUUUUUCCAUCCCCGCCUUGACGCGACUUAAAAAUGCUUCUGUUUUGUAACUUAAACUUAAUAAAGAAAAACCCAAAGCAUCA